CUAGAGUUGGGAAGACAUCACUGAUUAUGUCUCUGGUCAGUGAAGAAUUUCCAGAGGAGGUUCCUCCUCGGGCAGAAGAAAUCACUAUUCCAGCUGAUGUCACCCCUGAGAGAGUUCCAACACACAUCGUAGAUUACUCAGAAGCAGAACAGAGUGAUGAACAACUUCAUCAAGAAAUAUCACAGGCUAAUGUCAUCUGCAUAGUUUAUGCUGUUAACAACAAGCAUUCUAUUGAUAAGGUAACAAGUCGAUGGAUUCCUCUCAUAAAUGAAAGAACAGACAAAGACAGCAGGUUGCCUUUGAUAUUGGUUGGGAACAAAUCUGAUCUAGUGGAAUAUAGCAGUAUGGAGACCAUCCUUCCUAUUAUGAACCAGUACACUGAAAUAGAAACCUGUGUGGAGUGUUCAGCAAAAAAUCUGAAGAAAAUAAUGAAGCCAGCCUGUAUAAAAGCCCUUACUCGUAUAUUUAAAAUAUCUGAUCAAGAUAAUGAUGGCACUCUCAAUGAUGCUGAGCUCAACUUCUUUCAGAGAAUUUGUUUCAACACUCCAUUAGCUCCUCAGGCUCUAGAAGAUGUCAAGAAUGUAGUCAGAAAACAUAUAAGUGAUGGUGUGGCUGAUAGUGGAUUGACACUGAAAGGUUUUCUUUUUUUACACACACUUUUUAUCCAGAGAGGGAGACAUGAAACUACUUGGACUGUGCUUCGACGAUUUGGUUAUGAUGAUGACCUGGAUUUGACACCUGAGUAUUUAUUCCCCUUGUAUGUACCUUUGUAUUUGAGCUGUUGGUUAGGCUAUUCAAUAUUGACUGAACAAGAGUCUCAAGCUUCAGCCAUUACAGUAACAAGAGAUAAAAAGAUAGACCUUCAGAAAAAGCAGACUCAAAGAAAUGUGUUCAGAUGUAAUGUAAUUGGGAUGAAAAACUGUGGGAAAAGUGGAGUUCUUCAGGCUCUUCUUGGAAGAAACUUAAUGAGACAGAAGAAAAUUCGUGAUGAUCAUAAAUCCUACUAUGCGAUUAACACUGUUUAUGUAUAUGGACAAGAGAAAUACUUGUUGAUGCAUGAUAUCUCAGAAUCGGAGUUUCUAACUGAGGCUGAGAUCUUUUGUGAUGUUGUAUGCCUCGUAUAUGAUGUCAGUAAUCCCAAAUCCUUUGAAUACUGUGCCAGGAUUUUUAAGCAACACUUUAUGGACAGCAGAAUGCCUUGCUUAAUCAUAGCUGCAAAGUCAGACCUGCAUGAAGUUAAACAAGAAUAUAGUAUUUCACCUGCUGAUUUCUGCAGGAAACACAAAAUGCCUCCACCACAAGCCUUCACUUGCAAUACCACUGAGGCACCCAGUAAAGAUAUCUUUGUUAAGUUGACAACAAUGGCCAUGUACCCAGAGGAUCAUUACAGAGACAGACUCUCCCGAGACACGGGCAACACUGAUAGAAUAGAGAAUUUGAGAAAAGUCUGGGUCUUUCUAAAAACUGCUUUCCAUGCCCGGUUACGCUGUAUGUGCACCUGCAACAGGUGUACAUUUUGCAUCUGUCAGAACUUCCUCAACUCAGAGUUGCUGCAAUCUAUAAAGAACAAAAUCUUCACUGCAAUUCUUAACAGGUUAAGAGCCCGGGUAGCUGAGUGGGGUGCCAUGCUGUUAGCAGACGACGAAGGCAGUAUUACUCACCAGGUGCACGCCGUCAGCUCUGUUGAAGAUUCCAUCUUCAUGGAGUCAUCUCAUGGUCCACUUUUUCUUGAAGCCAGGCACGUGACACAAGCUGACCUCAAGAGUUCCACGUUUUGGCUUCGAGCAAGUUUUGGUGCUACUGUUUUUGCCGUUUUGGGCUUUGCCAUGUACAAAGCAUUAUUGAAACAGCGAUGAUUUAAAACAAAAAAAUACUGGCCCCUACCAAAAACAAAUACUUUUAUGUACAUUCUGAAUGCUUUAAAUUCUGCUAGAAAUAUUGACAUAUUUAUACAUGCAGAGUUACUUUAUUAAUUAUUUGUAAUUCGUGCAUAAGAGUAUUUUAACGAUAGUUGUAACUGCAGUAUUGGCUAGCAUAUGGAAAGAAACAGCUUAACAGCCAGACUAAAGUGGCUAAAUUCCAGAGGCCAAAAGGGAAUGUUUUGUAAAUAAUGUACAUAUUCAGGCAAGAUAUGGUCUCCCAAACUGAGUUCUAGAAAUGAUAUUUCUAGAUGUUUCUACAUGGUAUUGUUAGUGCUCAGUUGGCUCACUCUCCUAGGCUUAAGUCAGUUCAGAGAUUGUAUUUACUCAUGGAUCACUUAUUUAUUUACAUUUACUCCGAAUGUUCUUUGGGUCCUUCAAGUACCGGAGGCACAAUUUACCACUUUCUCUCCGUUUGUAAAAACAAACAAGUCAUUGUCAGCUUACCAGCACAACCUUCUUUCAGUCACUUGGGUAGGCCAGCCUGGAAGCUACCGGGCUAGCUAGACAAUUGUAAAACUGAGUGUGAGGAGCUUUAAGGAAGGAGGAGCUAAAGGCAAUUAGAGGUGUUACCUGCGCGAUUAUGUUGCUUCCUUUGUCAGGAUGUUGAAUUUUAUAGCCCUUUCAAUCAAAUGAGAAAAAAGAUUUGUAUAUUAUCAAUGUUUUUAGUUCAAAUAAACAGUCACCACUGCAACAAUUGAAUUUCCUCCCAAAGUGUAAAUCAUUCUACAAGGGCUGUGUCUGUCCUAGUGAUUCAGCAGCUGCAUGUAUCAUGAAGUGUUCUAUGUCUGUCUGGGAUAACCUAGAAGCAGCACUUUUUUAAAUGGUAAAAUAAGUCUAAUGAAUAUAAACUCUCAUGAUAAACCUAUUUUUUCCAUCAUUGACCUUUUCAAGUAUUUAAAUAAAUGACCACUGUGUACUGUGA